GUUGCAGCAAUAUCGUUCCGACGAUCAUAGAACCAAACAUUUAGCAACAAUCUCCUCCGUAGCCUUCGGAUUCACCUCGGCAGACAUGAAGGCCAGCUCCGGAGCAUUGCUCGCCGUCAUGGCAGUGGCGGCUUUGGCCACGACGGCGCUGGCGAUCGACUACAGGGUCAACGACUCCCUCGGCUGGGACACGUACGUCGACUACGACAAGUGGAUCGACGGCAAGACCUUCAUGGUCGGCGACACCAUAACGUUCAUGUACGAGCCGUACCACAACGUGCUGGAGGUGACGGAGGCGGACUACGGCAGCUGUGCCACGAGCAGCCCCAUGUCCACCCACUCCGGCGGCAAGACCACCUUCGAGCUCACCGAGACCGGCACGCGCUACUUCAUCUGCGGCAUCCCCCGCCACUGCACCAACGGCACAAUGCACGUCAAGAUCAGCACCGUGCCGUACGACGCCGCCACCGCCGCCAAAAUGGAAGAAGCAGCGGCCGCAGCCGCCCCUUCUCCGGCCUCGCUUCCCUCGCCUCCCGCUGACACCUACGCCGACGCCAAGACCGCGCCGGCGGGCGCCCCGGCCACCUCCACGCCCGCGUCUGCUUCCGCGUCCGCGCCGCGGUAUCAGCAGCCGGCGGCGGCCUUGGCCGGGCUUGUGAUCGCUGCUCUUGUGGCCAUUGCCGCGUAAGUUGAUGAUGAGGCAACAAACGGACGAUUUCUACGAACGCUCUAGUUCGAACCACCGUUGUACACAAGGUGGUCUGAGUAUUCGUUUCGAGGCGUGGUUAACUAUUCUUUUGUACCAAAGGGUUUUUACUUUCUCUCUUGUUUAAACUUUAUUUACUGGUGUUAAUUCCUUGUAUUUUAUGUGUGGAUACAGCUCCCGACUAUGUAACUCCAUUUUGAAACAGAUCUUCCCAUUAUGCUA